AUGGCUUCGGCUAUACAUACGAUCGACCCGCGAGCGGACACCGUCAUCAUUUUACGAUCACCAGCGGACGAGGAAUACUUCGCCAUGUGGGAUGAUCCCGAACUCGACAACCUUAAGGCACUUGCUGAACUUCCUCUAUAUUUGGAAGAUGAGUGCGGAGUGGAGUCGGAUAUGGGUGACAUUGAAGUUCACCAGUCUCCUGCCGACACAUCAACUGCUCCAAUACCUGCUAAUGCUGUCCCCCUCAUUCCUGAAGGGUCUGUCCUAUAUUAUGUCUCUUCGCACCAUCUUAUACUGGCUUCUCAUGUCUUCUGUGCAGCGCUGGUACCACAAAGAUGGAACGAGGGACAUAAGAAGGCAGACGGACGUUACUACAUCACCGCAGACGAUUGGGAUGAGCAAGCAUUCUUCCUUUUAAUGAACAUGUUACACGCGCGCACCAAUCAGGUCCCGGAGUCCGUGAGCCUCGAAAUGUUGACCAAAAUCGGAGUUCUCAUAGAUUACUAUAAUUGCGGGAACGCUCUCGAAUUCUUCACUACCGCCUGGCUAAGAAACCUUCGAAAGAAUGGCCUACGUUAUGAGUACUCCCGCAAGCUCAUACUCUGGCUUUGGAUCAGCUACAUCUUCCGGGAAGAAGAUGUAUUCCAGAGAGCUACGAGGAUAGCAAUCGCGUAUUGCAACGAGAGCAGUCUACGCACUUUAGGGCUUCCUAUACCAGAUUCAGUAUCAGAAGCAAUCGAAGCUCGACGACUGGAGUUACUUCAAGCGCGAAUUUCGCUGCUGUAUGAUCAAUUGGAAGCGUAUGAGAACGGCUCCAGGUUAUGCUGGAAAGAAAACCGGGACAAUUCGUUUGAGUGCAACUCGUUGUUAGCUGGAUCUCUAUCGAUAGACAUGCGUGCUAAGGGUCUGCUGAGAUGUCCACCCGAAUAUCCUUACCAUGGGUUUUCUGUGAGAAAACUGAACGAGAGCCCAGAGUUGCACAACCCUCAAGAGAUCGCUCGGUGGAAUAUGAGACAGGAAUUCAAUACUCAUCAUUGCGACUCGUUGCAACAAUUUCCCGACCAAUAUCUCGAUGGCCUCAAGCUGGCAGACUUUUGGAGAGGUACUCGAGGGUAG